AUGAUGAAAAAAAGACAAGUUGUGGUGAGAAGGAUCAGCAGUGGAUCAUCGACGAUUAGGAACAUACGAUACGUUGAAUGUCAAAGGAACCAUGCGGCAAAUAUCGGAGGCUACGCUGUCGACGGCUGCCGUGAAUUCAUGGCAACCGGAGAUGAUGGAACCGCCGCCCUUACUUGUGCAGCAUGUGGAUGUCACCGGAAUUUUCACCGUAGAGAAGUUGAUGGCGGCGAAGUUGUUUCUGAGUCCUCUUAGAUCAUAUAUAUGAUUCGUCCAAGAAAAUAUUAAUUAAAUUAAAGGUGAGUUUUAAAUUUAUGUAUCAGAUAAGUUGAUUAUAGUUUUAUAAUUUCAUUGUGGUUUGUGCUUGAAUAUUUUUGUGUAUAAUUUGAUGUACAAAAUUGAUGAAUUCCAGCUAAAAGAGGAAUCUUUCUUGUAACUCAAACAAGAUAUAU